UUUCGUACCCCAGCCCAACGCAUCUUCUUCCUCUACCUCACGUAACAAAGUGUCUCUAUCUACCAGCAGUAAUCACUGUACUACUGCAUACUCUUUCUUUAUGUUGAUAUCUUCUCUGCAUUUACACACACCCAUUAUACAUUUACAGACAACCAUAUGAAAAGUUAUGUUAUACAGUAAGUGUAUAUAUAAGUAACUAGUUAAAUUUUUUAUUUUUUUUGUUAAAUGGAUCCUCCAUUGACAAAUGAAGCUUCAUUUAUAGUUGGGUCCAAUCCAGCUUCGUAUAGUUUGGUGGAGUUAUUAUCCUUUCCGAGGGGUAGUGGAGGAGGAUUGGGGCUGAGAAUGCCGAAUUUGAGUGGUACUGGAGACGGUUUUGGAGUAGGAGAUGCUUCGGUGGAGGAAUCCACCGUGACAGAUCAGAGCGGUAGUCACGGAAGAAAUGGUGGCGGUGGUGGUGGGAAGAAGAGAAUGGAUGUUGGAACUUUUCAUGAAGACGAGUCCUCUAAGCUUGUUUCCACUAGCCGUUCUAAUAGUGAUUUGAAUGAGCUGAAUGGUAAACGAAUGAAACCAUCAGGAUCCAGAGAUGAAAAUGGUGGCUCAAAGCGGAAAGCAGAAGCGAAUUCAAGGACUGGUAACAAGGGAGCCGAAGAGAAGUGUCAACCCGAACCGCCCAAAGACUACAUCCAUGUUAGAGCGAGAAGGGGCCAAGCCACUGAUAGCCACAGUCUAGCUGAGAGAGCUCGGAGAGAGAAGAUCAGCGAGAGGAUGAAAAUUCUGCAAGACUUGGUUCCUGGAUGCAAUAAGGUUAGUGGAAAAGCUCUGGUUCUUGACGAAAUAAUUAAUUACAUCCAGUCACUUCAGCGUCAAGUUGAGUUUUUGUCGAUGAAGCUUGAAGCAGUUAAUACAAGGUUGAACCCUACGAUCGAAGGUUUUCCUUCCAAAGAACUAGCAACACCAACUUUCGAUGUCACUGGAAUGAUUUUUGGCUUACAAGCACCAAGAGAAUAUGCUCAAGGACCACAAGUUGAAUGGCUCGAUAUGCAGGUAGGAAAUGGCUUUGAACGACCAACAAGACCCAUAUCUUAGCAGCUCGGAAAUAGAUCAACAUAUUAAAACCUCGAUUUAUUGUCGUUAUUCAGAAGGAAACUUACAUCUCCUGCAUUGUCAUCAGAGAAUUGUUGCUUGUGUACAAGAGAAUUCUUGAAUUUGUAAUCAGUCUGUAUUUAUCUGUGGAGAUGAAUUGUGACCAAACAUAAUUUACUGUACUGUGUAAUGGUGACCUAAAACAGCUCUCUUAAGUGAAUGUAUUACUUAUUGUUAUGUUCUUUCAA